ACUAUUAUCGUGAGUGGUUAAGGAAACAUCACUGUUGCAACAGUCACCAUUGGUUCAAUUGCCCACAGAAGCAUGUCUGUUAUGUCCAUUGAUUAUCACGAUAAAACGGCGACUUCCAGAGGAAAACAAUAGCAGACGAAAGAGGCGGAUUCAAUAGUGUUCGACAAGUCACUUAGUUCACAUUAUAAUCUUGGUUGCGGCCAUGCCGCUAUUACUCGGUACCUACUGUCUAUUUGAAGUCGUUAGUCAGUCAGUGAGCGAGUGGUUGCCUGCAUGACUGUGUACGAGUGUGUGAGCAAGUCGGAGAGCCUACCAAAGUUGACUGGUUCGCUGCUAUUACAACUGUAUUGUUUCUGCUGGAUCGCUGCGGGUGUUACCUCAUACUAUUUAAUACUGUGUUAGUAAUAAUGUGUCAGUGCUUAAUAUUUGUUUCGCUCCAAUCUGUGAUGUUGUGACAGUGGAAAAGAGAGUGUUAAACAGUGUUCCUGUAUGUAUAUAUACUAUACAUCAUUACUUUUAGUAUCCGUGUCUUAUACUGCCAUUGAGUGUACCGCUGUAGAUCUGUCUGUAACUCCGGUGCAGUGUAGUGCUCUUCAGGAACUGUUUACAGAACUGUUUACAAAUGGAUAAUCGUUAACUGUGUGAACUACUGCCGAUCAAAACCCUUGAGAGAAAGCCGUGGCGACUCAUGCCAGCUAUGGACAUCGAGGAGCAAAGUGAAGAUCUCGAAGGUAUUGAAGAACCUCAAGAGCAGGAGCAGCCUGACAAAUACGGUUUUUUUGGUUCGCAACAUGCGACCACCGAUGUCAGGAACCUGGUCAGUAAGCUACCACCAGAGGUAAUCCGACGGCGUGAGCUAAAAUGGCGCCACAUGUUAGAAAACUGGGAUUUGUUCACUUCGAAGAAGUUUUCCAAGGUUCGAGAUCGCUGUCGAAAAGGCAUUCCUUCUUCUAUGCGCAUGAGUGCGUGGCAGUAUCUUUGUGGAGGACAAUUUCGGAAAGAAAAACGGAAGGGCUUAUUCGAGCAACUGGAUGCUCAGAGCGGGGAUCCUAGUCACGUGGAAGACAUUCGAAAAGAUUUGCAUCGACAAUUUCCGCAGCACGAGAUCUUUAUGAAAAAGGAGAAUCUCGGCCAGCAGGAAUUGUUUCGGCUACUGAAAGCAUACUCAAUUUUGAGGCCUGAAGUCGGGUACUGUCAGGCGCAAGCCCCGGUAGCGUCUCUCCUUUUGAUGCACAUGCCAACCGAGGACGCUUUUUUCUCCUUUGUCGAAAUAUGCGAUAAGUACCUCAAUGGAUAUUACAGUCCGGGCCUGGAAACCAUCCAACUAGAUGGUCUAAUCCUCUUUGGGCUUCUUAGGAAAUUUUCACCACAAGCAUAUCAUCAGCUCACAAAACUUGAAGUGGGUCCGAUGCUUGUUAUGACGGAGUGGUUCCUCUGUGUAUUCACGCGAACUUUACCAUGGCCUUGUGUGCUACGAGUUUUUGACAUGUUCCUUUGUGAAGGUAUCCGGGUGCUGUUCAAAGUUGGCGUGGUGCUAAUCGACUCUACACUUGGAUCACAUUCGAUUAGCAAAGCGGAACUGCGCAAGCGUUAUCCCUCCGCGUUUGAACUACUUGAGUGUCUAAAACAUGCAGGUGACAACCUUGAAGAGGAUGCGUUCAUUCAGCAGGUUGUUGACCUAGAGUUAAAGCGUGAAGAUCUUGUUCGCGAGCAUGAAAGACAAAUUGCCAAAAAAGAGAAGGAGGAGCGUGAGCGACAAAAGAAAGCCCUAAAGGCAAAGCGUAGCUAGAAUAAGGCUCCGCGCGAUAAAGCGCAUUUACUUGGCGAAAACUAUUCUUCAACAAUCGUACCGUCGCAGUUUGUUCGAUACUUAGCUCCUGUACAGAAACAAGAUGGCAAGCAAAGUCAAGCAUUUGUAAAACAGGGAGCUCGACUUUCAUUCCCAUGGCGGUGGUUUCGCGGCUUGGGCGUCCGGGACAAUCGGACUCGUCCAGCAGAAAAGUGACAUGUGAACUUGACGAGUCCGAAAUAGACGACGCAUACAAGGAAGAAUCAGAAUCACUUACAGGUCGUUGAAGAUAACGAAGAUUAUUGACUUGCGAGGAAUCCUGGGGAAAAGAGCGAACGUACAGUAAAGGUGUCGACUAGAAAUCGAAAGGCACUUUACGGUACACAAGUGACUGACCAUAUGGGACUAAGUAAUCUAUACAUAUGAAAAAAAUGAGGCUUAUAAGUGUCUAUUCAAUACUGUCGGUGGAGCAAAAUAGUUAAGAGCUGAAGUCAGCUCGACAUGAUAACGUAAUGUCUUAACUCACCAAAUUGUUGUUAAUAUCUAUUAAAGCAAUGAGGAAAGAAGCGGGUCGAGAAUAUAUACAUACAUAUACCUAGUACAAGUACCUAUCAGAAAUCGCUAAACUGUUAUGUCGUCUGUAGACAGCAACAGUGAAGAAAAGCGCCAAAGAAAAACACCAGUAAAUUUGCCUAGAAUGCCUCUAUACAACUGCAUUUCCAUUAAGACAUUCUUCACAUAAAAAAAACUGACGUCGCUGUAACUUGCCAUAGAUCCAUUUAACUCGAUUACAGUUUUUCCAAAAUUUCUCAGAAGGAAUAUUAAAUGCGAAAGUGAAAUGCGCCCCUUCGAUGCGUUUGUACUGCUGGUGCUGUUGCUGUUGCUGUGACAAAUUGAGCCAAUAUAUCUGUGCUCUGAUAACAGAGGCUGUGUGAAUACGCUUGAGAAAUUUUUUACAUUAUAGAUAGACAAAGCCUAAAAAUAUAUAUUCUGGAAUCGUGAAAUGUAAAAUUGCAUUACAGAUAGCAGGAAGAAAGAGGUCGCUUAGACGCUAGCUGAACUACGUGGUAUAUGAAUUUUGAACAAAAUAUAGGAAUAUAUGCCCGGUAGGCCACUACAUUGCUGUCUCUCCUCGCAGUGAGAGACUUGCGAAUGUUGUCUACUAGAAUAGGAUACACAGCUUCUUACGUUUUCAGAUUCGAAAAGGAUUGCAGUGGCGACCCUUAUUCGAAAUUACCAUCGUAUCAUAUCGUAUGAUUUAUCUUUGUUAACAGCCUACUUAAUAACCAAGGGUUACAAACUAUCGCAAUCUGUUUAUGUACAUUAUAGCAAAAAAUCCUAUCACUCUAUGAGAUACGUUGAUAUUUUGACCAAGGAAACAAAUCGUACGUUUUUAAUCGUCCUACGUUUGGAAUGGUCUAUAUAGACUAGGAGACACUUCCACAAUGCACACUUGUAGUGACCUUUUCUUCUAGUAUAGUCGCUAGCCAAAAUAGUUUAGAAUUAGUAAUAGCUUAGCGUAGUGUAAGAGCUCUAUUUAAAAGCCAGGCCACUGGUAUCAUUUUUUAUUAGCAUUAGUUACUCUUCACCACAGAUAUGUAUUUACUACGCGCACUCUGCAAUUGGCAGUAUAGGAAUGUCACUGAUUUCGUUUCGGCAUUACUUCAGACACAAGAAACCCGAUUUUGGAAACGCCUCCUCCCCUCUUAAUAAGAGCCCACCAUCUAGUUCCCAAUCAUUAUUAUAAUUGAGCGAUCAUCACCUCCUGCACCGCCGCUUGAGAUUUGUGGACAUGAUCACAUUGGUCCACUUUAUACAUAGAGGUAAAGUGAUUACUGGGCACUGAGGUAUAAUUAGCCAUCCACGAAAGAUCGGAAAUGCCAUUUCAUAAAAGCCUAGGCGCAGUUGACAGAAAGCCCCAUUAACUGUGUGUGCCUGGCUAUCACGGAGGCGGACUAUAUAAAAAAAUAAGUAUUAUUAAUUGCAAUUACAAUACUCGUGUGUGGCACGAAGUACAUUCGUUAUCUUUUUAUUUUGUCAGUAAUUGUUUACAAUCUCAUUAGUAGCAAUAUUAGAGAAAGCGAAGAUUAAUGAAAAGGGUUUGUAUUAGUUCAAUUGGUUAGCACACGUUUAUUUUUCACAGGAUUACUACUCUGAUGGUUUUUACCAUCAACAUAUAAUUGUUAUUGUGUAUAUUUACUUAUGUAUUAACGAUAUGCUCAGUUUUGUUUUGGUGAACUUCAGGGACCAAUGAUGUAUUAUUUAUAUCUUUAGAUACAUUUGUUUGAAUACAAAGUCAUGAUGAUUCUGCUACUAUAUUAUUGAUAUAGUUUUCCCACUGUGUAAUACUGCUACGUAUAUACAUUCUUGCGUAUAAUUCAACAUUGGUAAUUUAGAAUCAAAAAAUCGAAGUCAAGGCAACCCCACGCACACACGAAGCAUUAUAUAUAUAGAAGCUAUAGCUACGAACUUCUUUCAUUUCAAAUAAAGUGAAAAAAAUCCCAUUGUAGAAAUAGUGCAGUAAAACAGGAAGAGUUCGCUUGCAGUUUGGUGCUAUUAUAUAUCUCAGCACCCUGGUCCUUCAAUAGAAGAGGCUGUUUCUUCUUACUUCCUUACGUGUAUACGUGGGACUGUCAUGAGACUUCGAUUUAUCCCAUCAAAGACUAUAAUUCUUUAAUUGUAAUAUUAUAUGUUCGAAAUAUGUAGGUGCUGAUACUUCGACGCGCCGUAAAUGAAACCUGAUAAGGUUGAGCUUCAGCUCAACCUUAUCAGGUUGAUUAAGGUUACCAGAUAUGCGUUGGUAUUUGUUUUAUUUGAAGUUUGCUGGUGUUACGCCUUGCUGUUAUGUUGUUGAAUGCUAAAUGUCCUUCCGCGAUGGGCUCGCUGUUUUUAUUUUAUCAAAAAAUAAGCACACAGAUCACAGUGAAUGCAUAAGUGUGAUGUUUUGUUAAUGAGCGUGAAGAAGAUCGCGAUGAAUUCUGUUUUUGUGUGCAAAAAAUGGUGACCAGUAUAUGAUAAUAAUAUACGAACGAAAGAGAAAUGGAGAUCGAACUACACUUCUACUUGUACUUUCAGCAAACGAAAUAAUGACAACAGUAUUAUUAACAUAUAAAAGUGUGGGUACUAAAUAAUUAUAUGUAUCGAUUAGAUAUAAAACUGGGUCUCGGCAAGAAAUGCACGAGUACUUCCAAAACAUCUGGUAUUUUUACCAAGUAUUAUAUAGGUACAUUCGUUUACGCAGCCUAAAACUACGGACUGAAAUAAGCUACCGUGCCCCUCCCAAAAAACAUUUCACCUAUGAAUAAAUCGAAAAAUGUUUACUCGCUUUGUACAAUACGCAAUGCAAACACAAAGAGGCGGUCUGCUAAAGCUGAAUUUUAGAGAAAGAAAUAAACGUAUGAGUGACAUGUUCUAUAAACGAUGUAGCCAUUACUAAUUCAACGUGCUGUUGUCGACCCGCUUUUAUUUAAGCUUCUCCGGAUUUCGAAAUCGACAAAAUGAAGGCUGCCCAGAUUACAGUUGUCGCCUUCGUUCAAUGGAUUGGACCGUUUUUGUUACUUUAAUGUGUCUCCCCUUUGUUGCUCCUUCCUCAAAUGUUAAUGGAUAAUUCGUCAUAACUUGGAACCACCACUGUGGAUCAAGGAAGGAUUUCGCCGCCACCGAUGCAACUAUAUUUUGUAAUUACUGCAUUUUACGAUAAUGAAAGCCAAAUGUUCCCGAUUGAAAGCUAAACGCGCAAUAUACUCGCUGACGCCCAAACCGGCCUCUUCUCUACAACAUCCUCAGUUUUGAAUACCAUUGUUGACUAAUACCGAAAGUUACACCGACCUAAGAAUUUGUGCGUAAAAUUUAGAAAGCUCGAUGAUUGUAGGUGCUGGUUUCUUGGCUAUAAGAUAUUCGCCUCCAAUAUGUCGCUGUUGUCCGUGCACUGAGACAGAUUAUGUCCAAGGAUUCAGCAUCAAUUGUUUCACACACGAUCUCCGCAGCGCCAAAUAGUAUGGAUCCUAGCUUUACACUAUUGAAUUUGUCGUAUCAUCACCAGGGCCAACAAGGUAGUUAUAUAAAAGUAGAACUUUCCAUUUUUGGGAAAGCUUUCUGUGUAGUUUUACACAAAAAAGGUCGUGUAAACUAAAUGUCGAUUGCAAAUCCGUGGAAUGUUAUUGCUGUUCAUCGUUCAGAUACGCGGUAUUUCCAGAGAAUGUGUAUUGAAAUUGUGUGGGCGUCUGUGUCAAUGCGUCUACAACAAAAAUUAAUAAACCUACCUAAUGUUGGUUGCACCUAACAGAUGUUUGGAAAUUACUACUGCAUAAGGUAU